AAAAAAAAAAAACUGUAAAUUUUGGUUCGUAAAUAAAAUGGAAGAAACAAAAUCAGGCCCAAAAUCGCAUGUAAAUGUGUCUGUGUGUGAUGUGAUAUCGUGGCUAAAUGAUGAUCAUGCAAACAAACCCGAACCGAAAUGGAAAUUGCUAUCUGGGUCGGCACAGGGCCACAACGAAACUGCGAAUGAAUUCUCCAAUGGCCGCUUCGGCAGCUCAUCAAUUUUCGUAUUUUGUGAUCGGCUCUGCCAACAUCAAUCCCCAUUUAGCGGGCUUCAGAUUUUCGCGCCAUAUCAAGAGUUCAUUUUAUACUAACGUCUGCUCAAGACGAUGGCGUGGAGUCGGAUUCCAACGCCGACGUCUUUGUCCGGUUAUUUGUUCGGCCUCCGAUAAGCCCACUCCCUCGGAAAUCAGUUCUUCAGCCAAGAUACGGAGUGAAGUUCUCUCCCCUUUUCGAUCUGUUCGGAUGUUCUUUUAUGUUGCCUUCAUUGCUAGCGGUGGUCUUGGUGGAUUCAUUGCUGCCACUCAAUUGAUUGCUGCUCUUUCUAAUCCAUCAAGAGCCAACGAUGUCCCUGAGAUUGCUAAAGGUCUGGCCAUAGACCUUGGUGCUGUUGCAGUUUUUGCAUUCCUUUAUUACAGAGAGAACACGGCAAAAAACGCUCAAUUGGCCAAACUCUCCAGGGAGGAAAGCCUUUCAGCUCUCAGGAUUCGUGUGGAUCAGAAGAGAGUUCUUCCAGUUAGUGCAUUUAGAGGAGCUGCCCGUCUUGUUAUCCUUGCUGGGCCAGAAUCUUUCAUUUUAGAGUCUUUCAGAAGUAGCGAACCUUUUACUGAAUCCCUUCUUGAAAGGGCUGUACUUGUAGUGCCCUUUGUCACAGAUGGUAAUUUACCCAGCUUUGAGUUUGAUGAAAGUGAGGAGCUGAAGGAGGUAACUGCAAAGAGGAGAAGACUUUGGCAGCUGGCUCCAGUUUAUGCCAACGAAUGGUCUUCGUGGUUGGAUGAUCAAAAGAAACUUGCUGGUGUCUCCUCUGAAUCUCCUGUGUGAGUAUCUUGUGAUCAUCAAAUUUUAAUCUUUGUAUUAUGCACGCACUAGUUUAUUGCUCUUCUUCAAUCGUGAAAUGAAGUUUGGCAAAGAAGUUGGUUGUGCAAAUUUAAGAACUAGUUCAAAACUAAACUGUUUUGUGUUUUGAUUCAAAGGUAUCUCUCUCUUCGGAUGGAUGGGCGUGUUCGUGGAAGUGGUGUCGGUUACCCUCCAUGGAAUGCAUUUGUUGCGCAACUUCCCCCGUUGAAAGGAUUGUGGUCAGGCCUCCUGGAUGGCAUGGAUGGAAGAGUUCUUUGAUGAAUGUGAUUUCUGGGCAGCACACAACUUACCUCAGUUCAUUUCUCCCCUUCAUAUGUCUCAGGGUUUUGGCUACAAUUUAGGUAUCAGUAUGUAACUUUCCCAUACAUUUUAUUUAUUCUUUUCCACCUGUAUUACAAUGCAACACAAAUACGGCUCUCCAUAUUGCAAAGCACGAUGCUAGUUUAUUGGCUCAAUGGUCUCUUUUUUUGCUAAAUGCACUAUGGUUUUUUGAUUGUAUCAUAUCCUUAGUGGUGCUGAUGUGUGUAUAUUGCCACAAGAUUAGAGUUUUGCAAAAACCGUGGAUGUUGAAAUUCUAGAAGUUCCAUUCAGAUAUGUUGAAUGUCGUUGCUUGGUCUUGGAAUUAAUAAGGCGAGCUUAUUUGUUCUGAAGAAACAAGUUAUUGUUUAUGCAAACCACAGUUUUCUACUCUUGUUUUGCGUUCAUUUUAGAGAAAAGUUUGCACUCUUCGGAAUUUAAAGUUCCAUCAUGCACUAGGGUGAAUUGUUUUCAUUCCCUCUGGUUUGUAAGGAUCCUAGAUGUUUAAAGGCACAGUAGUUGCUAUUAGCUAACCUUAACCUUGUCUUUCUCCAGAACAAGGAAUUUCGAAUUUUUGCAUUUAUUAUUCCCACAUGGUGGAUGUCACUUUACUUCUGUUGAAUCUUAAUGUAUCAUUGGACUCCUUUGCAUCGUAAAUAUGCUUCGAUUAUCAUAGUCGUUAAAAGAUGCAUAGAAUCGGGAACCUUUUUGUGCAAAUUGGAGUAUCUGUAUCUCGACAUAUAAAGAAAACUUGGAACUUCCUAUGGCCUUGUUGCUUGAUUCACACUUGGCAGAUAUAUACUUGAUCCUCAAUUGUUUGCAAUGGUUUUGUUUUCAAUUCAACAUAACAUGAUUGUGGAGCGAAAGGAGGGCUAAGCACUAGGUGAAUGUACAUAGAAUAUGGAUUAGGAAGAAGUAACUUCGUCAAGUAUGGAAGCACAUUGGACAGGAAGCUAUAUAAGUAGAAGAUUCUCAACAAAUUACAAGGAUUGUUCAACACAAAAUCAGGGACAUCUUAUGCGACUUCUUCGACUUCGUCCAAUGCAUAAUUGUUGGUAGAUACAUUUGAGUAGUUCACUUUGCUAAACCUCACAACAACUGGGUAGCGAGUCUUGGGAUCCUGCCACAUUUAAACAACCACCUCAGUCACCACAAAAUGCAGAAGCCAUGUUUGAGGUAAGCAAAAAUCUGUCUGCAGUUAUUUACCUGAUCAACUGCAACAACUGAUCCCACAUCCUUGUACCAGUAUGAUUCCUUCCUCAGAAUUCUUACCUGCAGUUCAUGAAACAUUAGCAUCUUACCAAGUCACUUGUCCCCUUAAAAUCUUUGGAUAAAUGUUCUACACAGCUGUGAGAAAUCUCUUUUGAACUAUCUUUUGUGAUUUGUUUCCUAGUAUUUUACUAAGUACUGUUACUUAUCCGAUGUACUUUUUUACAUUCUUAAAACAAAACUCAAACACAAUCCAUCCAAACCAACAUGUUAAUGGUUUGUUCUUCCAUUCGUGUGUACCAAAAAUAAGCAUGAACGGAAGAUGCUAGCUUUACCACAGCACUACAGCAGGAUAGUAACAUGAUUUCAUCACAUCUUUAUAAAAAAGCAUGUACAAAUUACAUCAAAAAGGGGGCUUUGUUUUUUUAGUACUACUGACCUUUGCUCCUCUCUUGGGUCCAACCGGCGGCGGCUUGGGGGCGGCCUUAGGAGCUUCUUCAGUUGCGGUGGUGGUCUCAGCUGGGGCGGCGGCAGCUUCAUCGGCGGCGCGUACAACAAGCCUCAAAUUACUGUUGGUGGCAGGAUUCUUGGAAUGGAAGAAGAGCAUGCCACUCUUGGAAGUUGUACUUGUGUUUGAGCUGAUCACAUUUGGUGUCAAACCAAAACCUAAUGCAGCAGAAGCCAUGCUGCAGCUCGCCAUUUUUUGCUUUGAAGUUCUUCUCUUUUUUGAGCUUCUGUAGUAAAUUAAUGGAAACUUGUGUUUGAUAAUGUGUAGGAGAAAAAGAUCAAUAGAAUAAGCAAAAAGCCAAGAAGUAAGACCUCUGAGGCUUUCAAUUAUUCGGAUAUCUAUUUCCUGGAUGCUGAUCAAUUGAGAAAAGCUCUGUCAUUCUCCCAACCAUUGAGAUUCCGCCACCUGUUUCCCGUUAUCUCUUAUUUAGGAUAAUGUCACCCCCACAAAUCCUUCCUCUAUUACCAUUUUUUUUUUUCUUUUCUUCCUCAAAGAACCCCACUUUUUUGUUUUUCUUUUUUUCUGGAGAAAAAAAACAGGAAAAAAGCUGAAAUGUCUCCUGUAUAUGCCAUCAUUAUUUCGGAAAGUGCCAUUUAUGAAGGUUUUGAAGAAAUGAAAAUCUC